ACUGAUGGGCGGCACUGAAAGGCAGCUCAGAUGGGCACUGAUAUGUGGCAUUGAUGGGCACUGAAAUGUGCCAUAAAUGAGCACUGAGAGCUGGCACUGAUGGACACUGACAGGUGGCGCUGCUGGGGCUACACAGAUCAUCAGGGCACACUGAUCAUCAGUGCUCUGAUGAUCUGUGUACAUGUCCCCUCCGAGGAAUACCGAUUACCCGGCAUUUCCCUGUUUACAUGUGAUCAGCUGUGAUUGGACACAGCUGAUCAUAUGACCGAGCCGACAUCUUCGGC